GUAUUCAUCUACUCAUCUUCUCUCUCUCUCUCUCGCGUUUCAGUCACAAGACUCUCACAACAAAGCGAUUUUUUGCUUCACGAACUCAAACCUCUCUCUCUCUUUCUCUCCGAGUCACGCAUUUUCGUCUGUGAUUCUCGAGCUCUUGUGGGUUCUCUCCGAGAUUUUUGGUCGGUUCUUCACGUUUUUGAAAAGCUUUGUCUAUGGCGGUGAUUAAGUGAUGAAAGUCACCGGAAAGCCGUAUUCGACGGCGACAUUACCGGCCUUUGAGUCGGAUAAGAAUCUCUUCUCUCACGGUCCAGAUCUCAGAGCUAUACAAAGAGCUACUACUGUCACUAAACGUCGAGCAAGGAACCCGAGUUUGACUCGUCAGCGAAGAUCCGUUGCUUCUGGUGGCAGACGAAGCCGGCCGGAGACUCCGCUAUUGAAAUGGAAGGUGGAGGAUCGUAAUAAAGAGAGAAGCGGCGUUGUCGAAGACGAUGAUUACGAGGAUGUUGGAUGUAGUAAUAAUAACCAGGUUGCGAGGUCAGAGACUACUCGCCGCAAGGAUCGGAGGAAAAUCUCACGGCCUGUCUCUGUUAGGAAACUCGCCGCCGGGCUUUGGCGGUUGCAAGUUCCUGACGCUAGUUCCAGCGGCGGAGAAAGAAAGGGCAAAGACGGGUUAGGGUUUCAGGGAGGUGCUGGAUACAUGGGUGUUCCUUAUCUUUAUCACCAUAGUGACAAACCUUCUGGUGGUCAAAGCAACAAGAUAAGGCAGAACCCUAGCACUAUUGCCACGACAAAAAAUGGAUUCUUGUGUAAGCUCGAGCCUUCAAUGCCAUUUCCCCACUCGGCGAUGGAGGGGGCGACAAAAUGGGAUCCUGUCUGCUUGGAUACAAUGGAUGAAGUACACCAAAUAUAUAGCAACAUGAAGCGCAUUGAUCAGCAAGUGAAUGCUGUAUCAUUGGUUUCUUCCCUUGAAGCAGAACUGGAGGAAGCACAUGCUCGCAUUGAAGAUCUCGAGAGUGAGAAGCGAUCUCAUAAAAAGAAGCUUGAGCAGUUCUUGAGGAAAGUUAGCGAAGAGAGGGCUGCUUGGCGGAGCAGGGAGCACGAGAAGGUCCGGGCAAUCAUUGAUGAUAUGAAAACUGAUAUGAACAGGGAGAAGAAAACCCGUCAGAGAUUAGAAAUUGUAAAUCAUAAACUAGUCAACGAGCUUGCAGAUUCAAAGUUAGCUGUGAAGCGUUACAUGCAAGACUACGAAAAGGAAAGGAAAGCCAGAGAAUUGAUUGAGGAAGUUUGCGACGAACUUGCAAAGGAAAUAGGAGAAGAUAAAGCUGAGAUUGAAGCAUUGAAGAGAGAAUCCAUGAGCCUAAGAGAAGAAGUAGACGAUGAAAGAAGAAUGCUGCAGAUGGCUGAGGUCUGGCGUGAGGAACGUGUCCAAAUGAAGCUUAUUGAUGCCAAAGUAGCACUUGAGGAAAGGUACUCACAAAUGAAUAAGCUUGUAGGAGAUUUGGAAUCUUUCCUUAGGUCAAGAGAUAUCGUGACAGAUGUCAAAGAGGUGAGAGAGGCUGAGUUAUUAAGAGAAACCGCUGCAUCGGUUAAUAUCCAAGAAAUCAAGGAAUUUACAUAUGAGCCUGCAAACCCGGAUGAUAUCUACGCGGUGUUUGAAGAAAUGAAUAUCGGUGAAGCCCAUGAUAGAGAAAUGGAGAAAUCUGUUGCUUACAGUCCAACCAGCCACGGUUCUAAAAUUCACACGGUAAGUCCAGAUGCCAAUUUGAUGAACAAGAAAGGGAGACACUCAGAUGCUUUUACUCACCAGAAUGGAGACAUAGAAGAAGAUGAUAGCGGUUGGGAAACAGUGAGCCACCUCGAAGAACAAGGAUCGAGUUACUCACCAGAUGGGAGCAUUCCUUCUGUGAACAACAAGAAUCACCAUCACCGAGACAGCAACGCCUCGAGUGGUGGUACAGAGUCCCUAGGCAAAGUUUGGGAUGAGACAAUGACUCCAACCACAGAGAUAAGCGAAGUGUGUUCCAUUCCAAGACGGUCAUCCAAAAAGGUUUCAUCAAUAGCAAAGCUUUGGAGAUCAUCAGGUGCAAGCAAUGGAGAUAGAGAUAGCAAUUACAAGGUAAUAUCAAUGGAAGGUAUGAAUGGAGGAAGGGUUUCAAACGGGAGAAAAUCAAGCGCGGGAAUGGUUUCACCGGACAGAGUCUCGAGCAAAGGUGGAUUCAGCCCGAUGAUGGAUUUGGUUGGACAAUGGAACUCUUCACCGGAAUCUGCAAAUCAUCCUCAUGUAAACCGAGGAGGAAUGAAAGGUUGCAUAGAAUGGCCUAGAGGUGCACAGAAGAAUAGUUUGAAGUCAAAACUCAUUGAAGCACGGAUCGAAAGCCAAAAGGUUCAGUUAAAGCAUGUCCUUAAACAGAAGAUUUAGGAGCCGAAACGGUUUUGGUCACAGCUGCGUGCGGUUCUCUAAUCUUUCACCGGUGUCUGAUUCUGUGUAUGAAGUAAUAAUGUUCCGGGAAAGCAGUCGGAGCCAGCAAGCAGUUUGGACCGGAUUUUAGAUUUAUGUAUGUCAUUUGGUCAUUAGCAAGUAAGCAAUGUGUACUCUAAUAUUAUCUCAUCAUUAUGGAAGAAAAACCUUUAGCAGAUUAAGAGACGCUAAUGUACCUUAGAGACUUGAUCAUCAAUUUAUAUAAAGUAUAGUUAUUAGUUUCCUGCAAA